UGGCGAGCCAAGAGGGCAACCAUCCCUGCCUUGUGACACACGAAGGAGUGACAGGAACCAGAUGACCGGGAUCGACAGCGAGCAUCGUGCAUGUGUGCCCUGGCCAGCUGAGUUCGAGCCCUGUCCUGCCGGCCAAGCCCACCAUGGCUCCCUGCGUGAGCGGGCGACACUGCAUUACCAUGACAAGAUACUGCUGGUCUUCUUUUGCCCCGUCGUCGAUUUGCCCAGAGCCACAGGUUCAAGCAUGCAUGUCUUGGCUGCUGCUCCGAUCUCUACAGUUGUGGCUGCCCAUGGAGGGCAAUGUGAGACUCUCCCACAUGCAGAUGGAUGAUCGGCAACGUUGGAAGUGUUUGGUGUCCGAUCCGUCUGGGCACUCCAUCAAGCACUCCAUCGAUCAAGCCUUGUCAUCACCGCACUCGGAAUUACGACCAUGCUGGCGAAUUGUGCCGUUUCUCGUUUGGUGUUUACAUAUACCACAAGUUUGUAUGCCAUUUACUAGAGUGGCCAAGUGCUGUCAUCAGCACCCUCGUUCUCGGGAAGAUCAAAGAGCGCUCUGCCAUGCUUGCAUUCGCACCAUUCGUGAGGCUGUGUACAAUUAUAAGACCCAGAGAUGGAUGUCUCGGCACAUGGAACCAGGCCUUGUUUGUCGACAGUUCCCCACACCCACCCGCGCUCCACGGCAGUCCGGCAUGCCACUUUAUUCUUUCUCUUCAGAGCACGCGAGAUGGAUCGCCGUAAGCUCGGUCUUCCCGUCAAAAACUCAAUUGAUUCCGUUAGUUUGCGUCGUCACUGUGCCUUGGCGUGCAUGUGCGUGUGGACUGUGCGGCCUAUGUCUUCUUGACUGCUCUCCAUGGCCAGAUGAGUAAAAUGCAGAUAAUUAUGUUCCAGGGUGAUAGCUAUCAGUCAUCUCGAAUUAGAAUCCAACGCAUCAUGCCGCAGCAUGGCUUAGCUCAUCGUAGAACGAACUAGCUUCUAUGAUUGUAACUUGCUGCUCUUGAAUCAUUUUUGCCCGCUCAUUUUACAUCAUGAUCUGUAUUGUC